AUGGGUCGCGUUCGUACCAAGACUGUCAAGAAGUCCGCCAAGGUCAUCAUUGAGCGUUACUACCCCAAGUUGACUCUCGACUUCGAGACCAACAAGCGCAUCUGCGAUGAGAUUGCCAUCAUUGCCUCCAAGCGCCUGCGCAACAAGAUCGCCGGUUACACCACUCACUUGAUGAAGCGUAUCCAGCGUGGUCCCGUCCGCGGUAUCUCGUUCAAGCUCCAGGAAGAGGAGCGCGAGCGCAAGGACCAGUACGUCCCCGAGGUCUCUGCCCUCGACUUCACCCAGAACUCCGAGUCUGGCAUGCUCGACGUCGACCAGGACACCAAGGACCUCCUCAAGUCCCUCGGCUUCGACGCCAUCAACGUCAACGUCGUCCCCGUUGCCCAGCAGCAGGUCGUCGAGCGCCCCCGCCGCUUCGGCGCUGGCCUCCCCCGCAACUAA